CCAGCUCCCCUCCAGCUCUCUCCCCUUCUCCUCUGCAGUCACCUCAUUCACCUUUGUGUAACUUCUGCACCCCAAAAAAACAACGACAUUUUUGCAUUUCACGAGCGCGGCGGGCCCAACUUUGACCAAUUUCCCUCGCAAAACCUUUUCAUCAAAACUACAACCAAACUCAAAAGGGAAAACUUUUUCUCAUAGGUGUUUUUUUUUUUACUUCCUCGGGAUUCCAAAAACGAUCAUAUCAAAAUGUCGCAACCUUCGACAGAACCCAAUCCAAUUCUUGUGUUUGCCACCGUGGCCUCCAUCAUUGGUGCCACUGUAGCCUACUAUUUCCUCCAACAAUCCAACAAGAAGACCAACAAAUCUCCAAUUUUGAAACCUACUGAGUUUCAAAAAUUCCCCCUUAUUCAAAAGACUAGGGUCUCCCACAACUCGUGUGUUUACCGGUUCGGCCUCCCUCAAUCAACCGAUCGGUUGGGCUUGCCCAUUGGCCAACACAUCUCCAUUGGUGCUGUCAUCAAUGGUAAGGAAGUCGUUCGUCUGUACACCCCUAUUUCCACCGAUGAUGAAUUGGGAUACUUUGAUCUUUUGAUUAAAACUUAUGAGAAUGGGAACAUUUCGCGUCACGUGGAGCUGAAGAAGAUUGGUGAAUCAAUCGAAGUCCGUGGACCAAAGGGGUUCUUUACUUACACUCCUAACUUGGUUGAAUCCUUUGGAAUGAUUGCUGGAGGUACUGGGAUCGCCCCCAUGUAUCAAAUCUUGACGGCCAUUUUACGUAAUCCAGCCGACAAGACUAAAAUCCUGUUGCUUUAUGCCAACGUGUCUGAGAACGACAUUUUAUUGCGCGCCGAGCUUGAACAAAUGCAGGAGGAUCACCCUGAUCAAUUCAAAAUUCAUUAUGUUUUGAAUGAUGCCCCGGAGAAUUGGACCGGAUCCGUUGGGUUUAUCACCCCGGAAAUCAUCGAGUCUCACUUGCCCGGUCCUCUGGCCAAGUCCAAGUUGUUGUUAUGUGGCCCACCACCAAUGGUGAGCGCCAUGAAGAGAGCAGCCGUGGGCUUGGGCUUCGAGAAGGCAAAGCCCGUCUCCAAGUUGAACGACCAAGUUUUUGUUUUCUAGGCGGCGUAUAUAGAAGAAUUCACACUACCCCUCGA